CUUGCGCUCGACGGAUCGGUGAUCGUGUCGUUCGUCCGUGUCUGCAAUAAGUUUGUGUGUUCUUUCGGCGACCGCUUCCGAUCAUUAUAAUCAAUCUGGGCGGAGUGUCUUCUUAGAUUAGAACAGUGGAUUAUCGUCAGUGUUUGAGUUGUUCUUACUACGUAAUACAUUAGAAUUUCACGAACCGAUGCUGAUUGAACCUUGUUAAUGUUCUCUGAGGUUAAGAUAAUCAAAAAGAUUGUGGUGACCCUUUGCUGAAGUGUUUGCUGGUGAUAAUGGCUAGAAUGGCAGGAUCUGUGAAGUCUUUGCUCCUGCUUGUAGCUGUUUGUGUGUGGAGUGUCUCGGCUGGACCAAGCAUACAACGGUGGAGAAAUGGGAACGGGUUCUACAAGCGGGGUCAACGUGACGAGUAUCGGGCGUACGGUGCGGAUGCUUCCAACAGUGGAACAAAUUGCGGAUAUGAGUCAUGCCCCGAGAUCAAGAAGAACAUGCUGAACGUCCAUCUGGUUCCGCACACCCACGAUGACGUCGGUUGGCUGAAAACGGUCGACCAGUACUAUUACGGGAGUAGAACGCUCAUUCAAAAGGCAGGUGUUCAAUAUAUACUUGAUUCCGUGGUCGAGUCGCUGCUGAAAGAUCCCACGCGCAGAUUUAUCUACGUCGAAUCCGCUUUUUUCUUCAAAUGGUGGAAAGAACAGACUCCAGAGUUGCAGGACAAGGUUCGCGAUCUGGUUAAUCAAGGCCGGCUGGAGUUCAUCGGUGGAGCUUGGAGUAUGAAUGAUGAGGCAUCGACGCACUACCAGAGUAUCAUCGAUCAGUUCACCUGGGGGCUGCGGUUGUUGAACGAUACCUUCGGAGAGUGCGGUAGGCCGAGAAUUGGCUGGCAGAUUGAUCCGUUCGGGCAUUCGCGGGAGCAGGCAUCAAUUUUCGCUCAGAUGGGUUUCGAUGGGCUGUUCUUUGGACGGUUGGACUACGAGGAUAAGCGAGAACGCUUGACACAGAAGAACGCUGAAAUGAUUUGGAAGGCAAGUUCGAAUCUGGCGGACAGUGAUCUGUUCACGGGAGUUUUGUACAAUACUUAUCAACCUCCGCCGGGGUUCUGCUUCGACAUCCUGUGCUCGGACGAACCGAUCAUGGACGGUCGGUACAGUGCGGAGAACAAUGUGAACUCGAAGGUCGAGAAAUUUUUGUAUUAUGUAGAAUUGCAGGCGAAACACUAUCGGACGAAUAACAUUGUGCUGACCAUGGGCGGGGACUUUACGUACAUGGACGCUAAUGUGUACUUCAAGAACUUGGACAAACUGAUCAGGUACACCAACGCCCGCCAAGCAAACGGUUCCGCUGUCAACGUCUUCUACUCAACUCCAUCGUGCUAUCUGAAAGCCCUACACGACGCCGACAUCACCUGGCCAACGAAGAGUGACGACUUUUUCCCAUACGCUUCGGAUCCUCACGCCUUUUGGACCGGAUAUUUCACGUCCCGACCAACGAUCAAACGGUUCGAACGCGUCGGCAAUCACUUCCUGCAGGUUUGCAAACAACUGACGGCACUUGCCCCUAAGAAGGAAAACCACUUCACCGCCCACCUAAACGUGCUUCGUGAAGCGAUGGGUGUAAUGCAGCAUCACGAUGCCGUCACCGGAACCGAGAAACAGCAUGUAGCCGACGAUUAUUCCCGAAUGCUUCACCGAGCUAUCGAAGCCUGCGGAGCAAAUACCAAGAUUGCCUUGAAUCAGAUGGUUGAUCCGGUCGAAAAGAAAACCUCCCCUAAGCAUGACGUUCACGGCUUACAGAAGGACUUCACAUUCGAGUUCGAAACCUGCCAUUGGUUGAACAUCAGCAAAUGCGAAAUCACCGAAGCUAAGGAUACUUUCAUGGUCACCCUCUAUAACCCACUAGCUCAUUCCGGCUAUCAGUACGUUCGUCUACCAGUUUCCGGCAACAAAUACAUCGUCAAAGAUUACCGAGGCGUGGAGACUCCUUCCCAGAUGGUACCGAUUCCGGCGACGGUUCAAAACCUAACCUACCGCUUUAGCAACGCCACGAACGAAGUAGUUUUCCUAGCGAACGAACUUCCCCCGCUGGGUUACAAAUCAUAUUUCGUCUCACGAGUGAUCGAAUCCGUCGAUGACUUCACCAAGGAUCAUAGGCCACCGCCGACGGCAACGAUGCAGGCGGACGAAGCCCCAAAACAGUGGCACGCGGAGGAAGUCGUCAUCGGAAACAAGUACCUUAAUGUUAGCUUCGACAGUAAUGGUUUCCUGAGCACGAUCAACGCCAACGGAAUCAGCAGCCGGCUGCGGCAAACUUUUGUGUACUACGAAGCGGCAGUUGGAAACAAUAUCGAGUGGCGGAAUCGUUCAUCGGGAGCGUACAUUUUCCGUCCGAAUGGGACCGAACGGCACGUCAGUGAGUCUGUUCUGUUACGAGUGUUCAAGGGUAACGUAGUUCAGGAGGUUCACCAGGUGUUCAACGAAUGGAUCAGUCAGGUGGUUCGUAUCUACUCCGAUGAGAAUCAUGUUGAGUUUGAGUGGUUGGUUGGUCCUAUUCCGAUUGAGGACGGUGUCGGUAAGGAGGUGGUGUCGAGGUUCUACACGGCUGCCCAGUCGAACGGUGUAUUUUGGACGGAUUCCAAUGGUCGGGAGAUGAUGAAGAGAGUUCGGAAUCAUCGUGAUACGUGGAAUUUGCAGCUGGAAGAACCGAUUGCCGGAAAUUACUACCCGGUGACGACGAAGAUCGCACUGGAGGAUGGCAACAUUCGGUUCGCUGUUUUGAACGAUCGUGCUCAAGGCGGUUCCAGCAUGGAGGAUGGUUCGCUCGAGUUGAUGGUUCAUCGCAGACUUCUUCACGAUGAUGCGUUUGGGGUGGAUGAAGCACUCGAUGAGCAAGCCUACGGGAAGGGGCUGGUUGCUCGCGGCAAGCAUUAUGUUAUUUUCGGAUCAAAAAAGACCUCUAGUCCGACCCUGCAGGCCAGGGAACGGUUCCUGCAGAAUCAGAUUUUGCUGCCCAACUGGGUAUUCCUCAGCGAUACCACCAACUUCCAGUACGAAGAUUGGCAGAAACGAUUCAACAAUAUCUAUUCAGCUCUUUCGUUGUCCCUCCCCUUGAACGUCAACCUGAUGACGUUCGAACCGUGGAAAGAGAACAGUCUGCUCGUCCGAUUUGAACAUCUACUGGAGAAGGACGAAGACCCGAUUUACUCCAAGCCGGUUCGGUUCAACCUGCAGGAUAUCUUCCGUUCGCUCAGCAUCGAAGAAAUCAGUGAGACAACACUCGCUGGAAACCAAUGGAAGGAGGACAGCAAACGGUUACAGUUUAAACCGGAUCCUUCCUAUCUGCAACAUGUGACAAAGGCCUCCCUCUUCGAGAAUAAUCCAUACCAGAACGGGCAGGUAUCGCAAGCGAACGGCGAAACGGAACAGGAAGAAGCGGCGGAGAAUCUACGGAACGUGAGCAACGAAGGUUACGAGAUAGUGCUGGGUCCAAUGCAGAUUCGUACGUUCGUUUUGCAAUUGGAGUUUAGGCCAUAAUUAGUUUAGUGACGACUUAGCAGGGAUAAGCGAGACUGAAUAAAUGAGUUGAAUUGUAGGAUUUAUUUGUUGUCCUA